AUGACACCCUGCUUUUGAUUACCAAAUUGGCAAGCGCAAACAGAAGUGCUCCUUUUCGUUUCGCAAAUUGUUGCGGUUACCUUAAAACGCACACCUGAUAAUCCUCGUUUUAGUGAAACUAUCCUCUGCCAUCAAAUAUAUAAACGUGUUGCACACCACCAUUGGUGUGUUCGGAAUGGUUAAAACCACACGGGAACGCGGGGUGUAACGAAAUCGCAUAGGAUAGGCAGAAUUCCAGGAAGGCGGAUGCUUGCUGGGAAGAAAAAAGCUUUUUAAGCGACUGGAUGAAAUUCUACACAAAAUAUGUCUAGCAGCGAUCUUGCAUCUAAAGAAGCCAUCAAAUGCUGCCUUCCGGUGUGCAGUAGCAGUAGUAGGGAAUGAUGGGCAGCCUUUGCGAAUGGAAUCAGUUGCUCGUUCACGGGCCAGCUUGGCAACGAGCGGUCGAGACAUCGUGGAAUAAAAGCUAUCCGAGGGAAGUAUACACCGUGUACGGUUGGUAUGGUAACGGUGAAGGCGUUCGGUAAGAAUUAAGGACACGUUUCCUUAUUGCAUGUUGAUUUACUCUGGAUGAUAAGUUCGGUAAAGUAACGUAAAACAUGGCUAUCGCGGUUAUAUUUGAACGCUUUGUGAAAAAACCAUUAAGGCAGUUCGAUAACAGUUCCACCGAUGAUCUUGUCCCGUUCGUGGUAUGCCAACUUUUGAGACCCCGUGCUAGGAUUAACUGUUUCGUUUUGCAUUUAAGUUGAGCGACGUCGUCGUUUCAAUAUAAACGAUAAAAUCAAGGAACUGGGCACACUGCUGCCGAAAAACAUGGAAGGAUCUAGUAGCGAGCUGAACGGCAAAGAUGGUCGCGUAAAUAAGGGAACCAUUCUGAAAGGGACGGUAGACUAUGUAAAGGAGCUCAAGCUAGAGGUCAGCAUGCUGAGACGUAACGAUGAACUCGUUAUGGCACUACGCAAUGAAAACGCAAUGCUGCUGAAGCGUGUUGCGGUAAGUUGGUUUUACUUUGCCUACAAACGAUGAUCGUACGAUUACCAUUGCUUCUGUUUACCGAAAAAGUUCCUCACCGAUGUACGCAUUUAUCCACUAAUGUGUCUAUAAGACACGCAAAUGACUAAUGAAAAGAACUUUCAGUCCUAUUAGCAUAGUCCCAUAGCACCAAGGUAAGGUACCUACUUCUAAAAGUCCAUAGAUUUUCCUCCUGCUCGCUGCGGAAAAAAAAUGUUCGUGCAAGUAUAAACAUUAAAGAUCGCAUCCAACAGCAGCACGCAUCUGCCCGAUCGUCCCGUUUUGCUAAUCUACGCUUUGUUCCUUUCUUUUCGAAUUCGCGUACCGCCCAGUCGAAGGUAGAGCAGCAACUGGCGCCGUCAAAGGAUGGCAUCAUCGGUGUAACGUUCUACAUCUUUGUGGACAUGUGCGAAAACAAUCUGCAGCUAGAAAACCACGCCAACCGUCUGCAGAGUUUGCGCAAGGAACUAAAUUACGUGAAGGAAACCGACUGGCAGUAUGAUUCAAUCGAAAAGAUUCUUGGCCAAAAUUGAAUAGUCUGAACCAAAGCUGUCGGUACAAACAAAUGUGACCCGUGCGCAUAGCGUGCUUAUUAGUUUUUCUUUUUUUUAAGUUCAUUUUUAAAUCACUUGAAAAUUGUGCCUUGUUCUUUGUGUAAUAGUUUUAUAAUACAGUCAACAAAAAAAAGGGCGCAAGGCACGAAUUCAAAAUGUUUCGUCUCACGGCGUGGUUCAUACGCAAGGCGUGGGAAAAGACGCCAAACCAACAACUAUCGCUAGCAGAAAAUAUACGUCUGUACGAGGAAAUGCUGCAACAGGAGGACGAAAAUGAUGGUAAAAAGAAGCAGGAACAGAUCGUCAAACAAGCGAUUGAACCAACGGAUUGUUUCCAAACGACCGGCACAAUCACAGAGGUGCGGGCAGACUACAUCAUCAUCGAUGGCAUCUAUUUCGUGCCGAAAGCUUUGCUGAAAAACACCGAAGCGGGUGCCCAUGUGGAGGAAAACACUAAGGUUCAGUUCUUGGCCAAUCGUAAGACGGACCCUCUGUCAGGCGAAACGUCCACGAAGGUAGUGAAAAUCAUUUCCAUACUAGGCAACCACUGGAGCGGUGGUGAUACAGCAGCAGCAGCAGCGACUGAAGAAGAAGAUUGGACACAGCAAACCGAUACAACUACCACCAACGCCACCACAUACUACAAGAGCAAUAGGCGACGUGAACCGGGCACCGUGAUCGGCAAUGAGAACGAUAUACUGAUGGUGGAAACCGAUGCUGGUGAUCCGAUCAGUGUGAACAUUGACAAAACCAGCAUGUCAUUCGUGCCGGCAAUGGGGGACUACGUGACGCUGGACUGUGUCGUACAGAUGGACGGCAAGUUCGUCGACUUUAAGGGUGAAGUGUUGGAGGUGGUGGGCAUCGAACCAACACGCAUCGUCUCCGACAUCGGUACGAUCGUGGCGAUCGAGCAGGAGGGCGGUGAAAUCCGUGCUACCGCCUCAAACAGUACGGUCAUCUAUCAGGCGACCAUACUGACCGACUAUCGGCCGAAAACGGGUGACCGGGUGGAGUAUAAAGCCGUCGAAAAUAAGCACGUGCGUAUGCGCUGCAUCAGUGUGAAGCUGCUUGCGCCAGCCGUCAUGAAAACGUUGGAAAACAAUCCAUCGCAGGCACCGUUUCGAAAUGGCAACACCAGACCGACCAAUAGCUUGUGGCAGGAUAAGCACGGUAUUCGCAUUACCGGCGAGUUUGACGUCACGCUCAAGGAUGGCCAGGAUCGGGCAUGUCGGAAGGUGGUGAUAAAGAACGAAUCGGACAAACAGCACAAGAUACUGAAAAUGCUCGGUCCGAAGAGUGACAUGCCGCAGGUAUGCCUCAAGUCACCGGUUGCACACGCCCAAACCUUCCUGUUCCCGGGCGAAUCGGUUGAGUACGAGUUUGAGAUAUCGGGUGGAGGAAUAUUCGGACGGAACGAGGAAUCGUGCAUAUGGUGCUUCGGAGGUGCAUUUCGUAUCGGGCGCAUUUUUCGCAUCACAGUAGGCGAUACGAACGAUGAACGGUUUCCCGCAGCAACGACGAUCGGCGGCGGGAGCUUCGGGAGGGUUUCGUACUGUAAGAAGCAGCUUGCCCUGCUCAACAUGAGACGUGCACCGGGCACGGUCCUGGCCGGCCGUGGCUUUGGCAAUCGUAUGAACUUUAUCGCAAACCCGCUGCCCGCCUACAACGUACCGUCGGAGCUGUUCGACAUUCUCCUGACGACGCAAAGCCGUGCCGAGGUUAAGAACAUACUCGAACGUGCUCCGUACUGCUUGAACGAACCGCUGUCUCCCCUGAACUAUAGCAGGCUGAUGAAAAAUUUCAUCUAUCUCGAGGAAAUAGCGCUGCAGAUAGAGUUCCGCAAGCAUGACAUCGAUAGGGCACACUUCACGGCCGAGGACAGCUUUCUGGCGCUGGAGGUGCCGAACAUUGUCGAAGCGCGACCUUCCAUCAUGGUGGGCGACGCGGUGCGUGCCACUGCACCAUGGACCAAGGACACGACCAUCUAUCAGGGCAUCAUCCACCGAGUGCUGCAUAGCCGCGUGUUGCUCAAGUUUGACCAAACGUUCCACGCACGGUACAAUGGCGAAAGUUACGCGAUUCAGUUCACGUUCGGGCGGACCGUGUUCCGCAAGCAGCAGCACGCGAUCAAGCGCGUACAGCAGACGAUGGGAUUCGAGUAUCUGUUUCCCGAGCGAUUGCAGCUACAGGAACCGCUGCUGAACGUGCGCCUUCACGCGGGUACCCAUGAUAUGAUACUGGAGGAAAAAAUGGCCGACGGCAAAACGGUGUCCCGCGGGCUGCCGUGGUGUAACGCAGCACUGAACCGGUACCAGAAGCAGGCGGUCGUGAAUGUGCUGCGGGGCGAGGCUCGUCCCACUCCGCACAUCAUCUUCGGACCACCGGGAACGGGGAAAACGAUCACCAUCAUUGAGCUGAUUCAUCAGCUGGUGGCGAAUGUGCCCAGUUCGCGCGUGAUCGUUGUUACGCCGUCAAACAGUGCGGCCUACCUCAUUACGGAACGAUUGGCAAGGGGCGGUAUUUUACAGCCGGGUGACUUUAUACGGCUCGUUGCCAUGAGCCAGGUGGAGCGGGAAUCGGUGCCGGAACAUCUCGCCCAGUACUGCGCCACCGUAGAUGUGGCCGACGAGCGUAGCACGUUCGGCGAUGUGCUGGUAACUGAGUCGGGGCUGCGCAUGAAGUUUCAGGCCAAACACAUCGGCCGGCACCGUGUGACGAUCAGCACCUGUCUCGGUAUUGGCUCGCUGAUGAUGAUGAAGUUUGAUCCGAACCACUUCACGCACGUGAUUAUCGAUGAGGCCGGCCAGGCGAUGGAACCGGAAACGUUGAUUCCAAUCUGCCAAGUUGGCCGGACGAGCGGUACGGUCGUGCUGGUCGGCGAUCCGAAGCAGCUCGGCCAUUCCGUGCAUUUCGCCGACGGUGAGCAGUGGAACAGCAACCUGUCGCUGCUCGAACGGUUGCUCGAUCGGCGGCUGUACUCCGUCGAUCGGCGGCGCUUUUCCGAGGAAGAAACGGCCGGUUACGAUCCACGGCUGGUGACGAUGCUGCGCAUCAACUACCGCUCCAUCCCGGCCGUACUGUCGCUGUACAAUGAUUUGUUUUACGGCAGCACGCUCCAGCCGUACCGGCCCGCCGUGACCGAGCAGGAGGUUGAGCUGAUCGCUGCCGUGCGGGACAUUUUGCGAAUGGAACCGACGACCGACGCAAACACUGCCCGGGAUGGGUUCUUCUUCUGCGGUAUCAAUGGCACGAACAAACAGUCGCCCGAAAGCCCGUCCUGGUUCAAUCCGGCCGAGGCGUGCAUGGUGCACAAGAUCGUGGAACGGUUGUACAGGGGCGGAAGGUGCGGUCCGGACGAUAUCGGCAUUAUUACCCCGUACGUGAUGCAGGUGCGUAGCAUCAGGCGCAUUUUCGAUGCGGCAUCACUCGAAUCGCCCAAGAUUGGCUCGGUGGAAGAGUUCCAGGGACAGGAGCGCAAGGUGAUCAUUCUGUCGGCGGUACGAUCGUCCGCGGUGUUUUUGGCACGCGAUGCUACCGCGAAACUCGGAUUUAUUGCGGCCCCGAAGCGCAUCAAUGUGGCCAUUUCGCGUGCGAAGGUGGUGCUGGUAGUCGUAGGCAACCCGCACCUGCUGGCAACGGACGACAUUUGGGGCAGUUUGCUGCAGCGUGCGGUGAACGGUAAGACGUACUGUGGCUGUUCGCUUCCAUCGACCCUUAUGGAGCGAUCGCGUGAUGUUGCCAUGGCGAACCGACAGAAAAGCAUCCAAGGAGGCGGGCACAAUCUUUUGCAGCGCCAGUACGACGAUGACGACGAGGAUGAGACCGAGCAAUAUUGAUUGGCGGGCGGAAAGUUUGUUUGAACUAAAAUGCAAUUUGUAUUAAACAACCGAUGCGCGGGAUAAGGACACGGAUUUGACAUCCCGCGAUGGAAUGGGAAGGAAAUACGUUGAAAUUUAAUUAUGUUGGUAUUUUUAUUCUACACUUCUUUAGUUGAUGUUUUUUUUUUUUUGGUUCUUUGCUGAAUACCCUCUUUGAAUAACUAGAUUUAUCCUACUGUUUUCGGUGUUUCCCUUCACUUCAUGUUCAUGCCUUCUCGCGUUGCGUUACUGUUACCACUUUAAGACAGGUUCUGUUCCGGAAUUCCAUAAUAGCUGCGUCUCAAACAUGUUGUCACUCGAUCGGCACGAAAGCUUCUGUAAGAAAUGACCCAUUCGAGAUGAGCAUUAAUCUCCGGUUUGGCUUUUGUUUUUGUAAACUGAGGGAAACCCCUAAACCCAAGAAACUGUUUUGUGAAUAAAACUUUUGAUAAGCAUUA